CAUCCCUCAACCCGCUCCCCCCGCCACGGCCUGCUUCCGUGUCCCUCUGCCCCGAAACCUCCGGCGACUCCCCUGCAGGGAUAUAAGGAGCAGGCGGCCUGGGUGGGGACGGCCCUGCAAGCUUGCCACGCCAUGCGGACCGGCGGCCUCCUCCCCGCUGUGGCCCUCGUGGCCCUCUUGGCCACGCUGGCACCCGUCUCUGGCCAGAACCCUCCCGACCUUUGCUAUCUCCCUUCUGACCCUGGACUGUGCUAUGGGUACUUUCCCCGUUACUUCUACAACUCAGCGUCCAAGAAGUGCGAGAGGUUCAUUUACGGUGGCUGUGACGGGAACAAAAACAAUUUCAAGACGUUAAAGGAAUGUCGGCAGACCUGCGUGGAGAAGCCCGGGACCUGCCCCUCGCCCUGGCCAGGCGCGGACAGGCUGUGCGACGUGAGGUGCCACAGCGACUGGGAGUGCCCCGGGCCCCAGAAGUGCUGCCCUUACGGGUGCCACGUCUCCUGCUACGACCCCAUCUAA